AUGAAUGAGGCUCAUAAGAUGAAGGCCGGCAACAUCAUUCUGAUUACCGGUAAACCAGGCUCGGGGAAAACUACUUUGAUUUCUCGUCUUUGCCAAUUGCUUGCCAAUCAUGACAGAAUUUCCGUUACUGGGUUUGUGACGAAAGAGCUUCGUGAUCAGAAUUCCAAUCAUCGAAUUGGCUUCGAUGUUAUUCAGCUUUGUGAUGCCGCCGGACAAACUUUGAAUCAAUCAAACAGAGCUCCACUGGCCCGAGUUGCUGCCCAUGCACCAAAUCUACCCAGAAAUGCUCCUCGGGUUGGAUCCUAUUUGGUCGAUUUGGCAUCCUUUGAGCGGUUAGCACUUCCUUGUUUAGAGUCCUGUCGUGCCGCUCUGGAAGAUCAAAACUCCCACUAUUCUAUUGGGACGUUGCGUGUUUGUGUGAUUGAUGAGAUUGGCAAAAUGGAGCUGCUAUCCACCCCUUUCCAACGCCAUUUGGAACAGCUGAUUCGGCAAAUCUCACAGCCAGCAGCUGCCGCGAACGUCGUACUUCUCGCCACGGUGCCCUUGGGUCGAGGUCCAUCGGGUCAACGAGGGAUUCGGCUGGUGGACGACUUGUGCUCCCGAGAUGAAGUGUGUCUCUUCGAAAUCUCCGUGGCGACGCGCGACAAAAUGACCGAUUUGGUGUACACGACCAUCACUAACCUCUUGUGA